UUAGGGCCCUCACUCUGCCGGUGAAGGCUGACAGCCGGGAAGAAAUGAAUUCGCUUCGGAGGGUCCUUCCUCUCGCCCACCAAAACCCUAAUCUGUGGACGGGGAUCAGAGCCUUCUCCUCCUCUGAUUCCUCUUCCCUGAGGAAAUCAGUCGCUUCCCUCCUGGACUCCCUCUCUCUCAAGCAAGGUCAAACAUUGGUCCAGAAUUGUGGGGACAGUGAUGUUGGGAAGAUUGUAAUUGAGUUGGCAAAGGAACGCAAGCUUCAGACUAUCAGCAUAAUUGAUGAUAAGCCUGGGACUUCUGAAACAAUUGAAGAGCUUAAGGCCCUUGGUGGCGAUUUAGUUGUUCCAGAAAGCUAUACAAAAACAUGGUACAUGAAGCGACUAGUGAGUGAAAUGAGCCCUGCAGCAGGUAUAAAUUUCAGUGAUGGUUACCAAGCCACUGCAGUCGGCAAGGCACUGGUGGAUGGAGGAACUCUUGUUUCACACAGCAAAAAGCUGCCAAAGCAUGUUGUUUACGAUGGAGCAGCUUGCCGAGUCAUUGAGUGGGACACAUUUGCAAAGGAAAAGAAGCUUAAAGUGCUGAACUUGUAGGUCAGCCUCCAUUAUAGGUCAAUACUUGCAUGUUUUAUUUAUUGCAAUGCUGUGCGAAUGCUAAACCAGGAGCUGCGGUUGCCUUUUUCUUUCAUUUCACUGCUUUGCUCUUUGUUUGCUUGAAAUGUGGCUUUUCAUUUCUUGCUUCCAAUAAGUAAAACUCAUGGAAAACAAGUGAUUUUUUAUGGAAAUGUAUGCAGUGAAAGAAGAGCUGUUCUGAAA